AUGGCUCAUGAAAUAACUGUAAAGAAUAAGGAUGCUAUGAGAACCAGGAUGGAACUAAUGAUUUUAAAAGUUCAGGCAGAUUUCUGUAAAAGUUUGCAAGAAUUUGAUGAUAAGGAGUUUAUUGUGGAUAAAUGGGCUGGAAAACGUGGCAGUGGAGGCGUUUCUUGUAUAAUUCAAAAUGGAACGGUCUUCGAAAAGGCUGCAAUUUUGACAUCGGUAGUCCAUGGACAUUUGUCUGAUAAUGCAGCUGAACGAUUAAAGAAGAGGCGAAGCGAUAUUAGAGGCACAAUCAUUCAGUACUUUGCCGCUGGCCUUAGUGUAGUUAUUCACCCGCGUAAUCCUAUGAUACCCACAUUCCAUUGCAACUUCCGCUAUUUUGAAAUUAUUGACGAACAUGAUAAAAGAUACUGGUGGUUUGGCGGAGGAGUAGAUUUAACGCCUUACUAUCUGGAUGUAGAUGAUGUUAAGUAUUUCCAUAAAACGUUGAAAUACGCAUGUGAUACGUAUAACCCAAAAUUUUAUCCUGAGUUCAAACAGCAGUGUGAUCGAUAUUUUUAUAUUGAACACCGUCAUGAGCGUCGAGGUGUGGGCGGAAUAUUUUUUGAUGACCUUGAUUGCUUAGGCCCACAAGGAACAUUUGAAUUUGUAAAGACAUGUGCACAAUCAAUAAUUCCGUGUUACUCUGCGGUUGUGAAGAAACAUUUAACCGACGCUUAUGGCUAUGCUGAACGUCAAUGGCAGCUGCUUCGUCGAGGAAGAUAUGCGGAAUUUAAUCUUAUCUACGAUCGUGGUACUAAAUUCGGUCUAAAUACACCUGAAAGCAGGGUUGAAUCUGUUUUAGCUUCCUUACCAUUAGAGGCGAGAUGGGACUAUAAGCACUCACCAUUGCCGGGUUCGAAAGAAGCAGAGUUAAUAAAAGUACUUGUAAAGCCGAAAGAUUGGGUAACAGAUGAAGACUAA